AUGGAGAUCGAAGGCAGUGCCUCUCGAAACGUUCAGUACCAAACAUCGAGGAUGGCGAUUGAAGGAGUCUACCGAAUCGGUGUCGACGUCGGCGAGGCACACCUGCCUGACCGAGGCAUCCGCAGCGCCUUCAAAACACCAACAACGGCAAAUGUAACAGAGGGAAUAGGUAAAGCCAUCGAAGGUGCUGUGGAAAAAUGUGGUGUGCCACUCGAUGCUGUCGCAGCUGUGAUGGUAGGAACGACCCACUUCAUCAAUGCAGUCGUCCAGGCGGAUGACCGAAACUUGAGAAAGGUUGCUGUCUUCAGGAUAUGUGGACCAUAUACCAAGGAGAAUCCAGCCUUCAUGGACUUUCCGCCUAUUCUCGCGCGGACGAUGAACGGUCACGUAGCCUACUUGGAUGGUGGACUCGAAUUUGAUACUCGAGAAAUUAUGCCCAUCAAUGAGAAACAGAUUCGCGAAGAAUGUCAAGUCGUCAAGGGGAAAGGUAUCACAGACAUCGCUGUGGUUGGAGUAUUCUCACCCCUCGAUAUCCACGGCAAACAAGAAGCUCGAGUGAGGCAGAUCCUCCUAGAAGAAAUACCGGGCGUGGAUGUCGUGUUGUCUCGAGAUAUCGGUCAGCUCGGCUAUCUCGAGAGAGAAAAUGCCACAAUUCUCAAUACCUCUAUCCUCAAGUUCGCCCGGAAAACUAUCAAGGGAUUCAAAUUAGCGAUACGAAACCUAGGGCUCUCGUGCCCGUUAUAUCUGACCCAGAACGACGGCACUAUCAUCGAUGCAGACUCUGCUGAGACUUGUCCCAUUAAAACAUUUUCAAGUGGGCCGACCAACUCCAUGACGGGGGCUGCUUAUCUUUCUGGCCUUGAUACCGAGCAAGGUCGGAUAAGAGAUGCGCAGGUGAUUGUUGCAGAUGUCGGCGGUACGACGACGGAUGUUUGCGCACUUUUACCAUCAGGAUUCCCACGGCAAGCUGGCACGUGGGUGGACAUUGGAGGUGUUCGCAGCGCUUUUCCUAUGCCAGAAGUGCUUUCGGUCGCAUUGGGAGGGGGCACCAGAGUCGAAGAGCGUGAUGGGAAUGUGAUCGUCGGACCAGAGUCUGUCGGACACAGACUUAUCACGGAAGGCUUGGUCUUCGGUGGUGGGACCUUGACAACGACUGAUAUCGUCGUCGCAAGUGGCCAUGCAAAGGUUGGGGACAUUUCCAAAGUCCAAAAUGUCCCAAAAGACAUCAUCGCAAAAGCGCGACAUCGGAUGAAGAGGCUACUUGAAGAUGCGGUGGAUGCCAUGAAACUGAGCGCUGACGACGCUAUAUUAAUCCUCGUUGGAGGCGGUAGUAUCGUCCAUAUGGAUGAUCUGGAGGGAGUUGGUCAGAUCAUUCGCCCACCGUAUCAUGACUGUGCAAAUGCAGUUGGGGCCGCGAUUGCAAAGAUUUCAGGACAGAUUGAUGUGGUCAAGGUCCUUGAGGGACUCGAUGAGGACGAGGUGGUCGAGGGAAUUUGCUCCGAGGCACGGAAGAUGGCAAUCGAAGGAGGUGCUGAGCCGGCGUCUGUGAAGAUCGUCACCGUAGAGAACAUGCCUCUGGAAUAUGUCCAGAUGAGAGCUUCCAGGAUCGUUGUACGAGCUGCCGGAGUUCUCAGCGAGAAAGCUCUCCUAGCACAUACGCCCUCGGAAAGCACGGAUCUUCUCGCCAAAUUUCAAGAAGCUGAUGAAAUGUUGGCUCCCAAAUCGAAAAAUGCGGAGAAAGAUCCCAAAGACUUUUUGGUGAGCCCAUCGGCACUCGUAGACAUUCGGAAGUACACGCCUGAGGUCGACGAGAAUGGCAAAUGGUGGGUCUCAGAGAUAGACUGUGAAUUUCUAGCGACUGGCUGCAGCAUCUUGGCUUGCGGUGGUGGUGGACCUGGUUACAUGUGCUACAUGGCAGCCAGGGCGGCGAUACAACGUGGUGCGCGAAUGUGCAUUGUCGACAUCGAUGCGCUUCCAGAAGAGGGCCAUGUUCUGGGCAGUAUAUCCUAUGGUGCACCAACCGUGACGUUGGAACGGAUUCCCAGUGGAACAGAAUCCAGGGAUGCAACAGAUGCACUUCUAAGCUGCCACCCAGGCGUUAAGAUGGCGGCCCAAAUAGCUAUCGAAAUUGGAGGCAUGAAUGGUAUCCGUCCCCUCCUUGUGGGCCACGACUAUGGUGGCAUUCCUACGAUAGAUGGCGAUUUCAUGGGCAGAGCAUAUCCCAGAAUUUACUUGCAUACUGCACAUCUGUACGGGUUGCCCCUCGCGCCAUGCACGCAGGCGGAUGGCAAUGGCAAUGUGGUGACGGUCCACAAGUCGACCAGUGUCGCCAAGCUGGAGAAGAUUCAUCGCAAAGCGGGUCAUGAGCUUGGGUUGUUCUCGCAAAUGGUUACCCCACCAAUCUCUGUGAAAGACACCAAGAAAGUUGGCACCUUAGGCACAACCUCACUUGCAUGGUACAUCGGCCGAGCAGUCUACCUCGCAAGGCAGGAGAAGACGGACAUCAUGAAAGCUGUGGUUGAGGCAAAUCCUUCGGGUCGUGUCUUGUACACUGGGAAGAUUGUGUCCAUCAAUCGUUAUGUCUCUCCGGCUGGGUACACCGAAGGUAGCGUGCGGCUGAAACCCAUCGGCAGUGACGAGCAAGAAUACGGAGAUUCCACGAUGACAGAGGCGAGAGACAUGGUGCUGCCAUUCCAGAAUGAAUAUCUCUAUGCAGAAUUGGUGGAUCCAGCCGCUGCGAAGGGAACCAGGGGCGAGAUCCUAUGUACCGUCCCAGAUCUCAUCUCGCUCGUUGGCACAGAUGGUUAUGCGCUUGGAACCCAGGACCUGAAAUACGGAGUCAGAGUCAGUGCCGUUGCCUUUGUCGCACAUCCUCACUGGUAUACUGAGGUCGGUCAAGCAACAGGGGGUCCUCGGGAGUUUGGAUAUGACAUGGACUUCAUACCUUUAGGAACACCCUAUUAUGAGCCCAAGAGGGUGACGAAGGAGUUCCGAACUACCACGUAG